AUGUCCGACCAGAAGAGAUACUCCAACAAGCUUCAAGGCUCGCGGGUUCUAAUUAUCGGAGGAUCCUCCGGUAUUGGCUUUUGUAUCGCUGAGGCAUGUCUCGAAUAUGGUGCACUUGUUACGAUAGCCUCCUCGAACCCUUCCAAGAUUACGGCCGCUAUUUUCAAGUUACAAUCAUCAUACCCAUCCGCGAAGUCGAGCAUUCACGGUCAGACAGUCGACCUAUCCAAGUCCGAUACCUUGGAAUCAGAGCUUGAAACUCUUUUUGAGCAGACUGUUAAGGGGAUGGGCAGCGAUAAACUGGAUCAUGUCAUAUUCACCGCAGGCGACGCGCUUGCGACGACGAAGCUCGCUGACGUCACCAUGAAAAGUAUUCUAAAAGCUGGCCAAGUCCGCUUUUUUGCUCCUCUACUGGCAGCCAAGUUCAUCCCGCAAUACGUCAAGAACUCGCACGAGAGCAGCUACACCAUUACUACAGGCAGCAUCAGCGAGCGACCCAUGCCGGACUGGAGCGUCAUUGCCUCCUAUGCGGGUGGUCACCACUCCAUGGUCAGAAAUUUGGCACUGGACAUGAAGCCAAUCCGAGUCAAUGGCGUCAGUCCUGGAGUUGUUGAUACCGAGCUUUGGAAGAUGUCACAGGAAGAGAAAGACAAGUUGAUGGGGCAGAUGAGCAAGAAGAUGGCGACAGGAACGCCGGGAAGACCGGAGUGGGUGGCUGAGAGCUUCCUGGGAAUCAUGAGGGAUUAUAAUAUAGAUGGUGCUAUGAUCAGGACCGAUGGUGGUGGCUUGUUCAUGUAA